GAUGGGAGGGUCCGCGCACGCGCCGCACGGGGAUUCCAGAAGCGUAACUGAGAAAUGAGAUGGAGAAGUACGAGCGGAUCCGAGUGGUGGGAAGAGGUGCCUUCGGGAUUGUGCACUUGUGCCUUCGAAAGGCUGACCAGAAGCUGGUGAUCAUCAAGCAGAUCCCGGUGGAACAGAUGACCAAAGAAGAGAGGCAGGCAGCACAGAAUGAGUGCCAGGUGCUCAAGCUGCUCAACCACCCCAACGUCAUUGAGUACUACGAGAACUUCCUGGAGGACAAGGCUCUCAUGAUUGCCAUGGAAUAUGCACCAGGUGGCACCCUGGCCGAGUUCAUCCAGAAGCGUUGCAAUUCCCUGCUAGAAGAGGAAACGAUCCUUCACUUCUUCGUGCAGAUCCUGCUUGCCCUCCAUCAUGUGCACACACAUCUCAUCCUGCACCGGGACCUCAAGACCCAGAACAUCCUUCUUGACAAACACCGGAUGGUUGUCAAGAUCGGUGACUUUGGCAUCUCUAAGAUCCUCAGCAGCAAGAGCAAGGCCUACACGGUGGUGGGCACUCCAUGCUACAUCUCCCCUGAGCUGUGUGAGGGCAAGCCCUACAACCAGAAGAGUGACAUCUGGGCUCUGGGCUGUGUCUUGUAUGAGCUGGCCAGCCUCAAGAGGGCCUUCGAGGCUGCAAACUUGCCAGCCCUGGUGCUGAAGAUCAUGAGUGGCACUUUUGCACCCAUCUCUGACCGGUACAGCCCUGAGCUACGCCAGCUCGUCCUGAGUCUGCUCAGCCUGGAACCUGCACAGCGGCCACCCCUCAGCCACAUCAUGGCACAACCUCUCUGCAUCCGGGCCCUCCUCAACAUCCACACCGAUGUGGGCAGCGUCCGCAUGCGGAGGGCAGAGAAGUCCUUGACCUCAGGACCACCUAUGUCCUCUGGCAGCACAGGGAGCAGGGCCACAAGCGCCCGGUGCAGGGGUGUCCCCCGGGGACCUGUGAGACCGGCCAUCCCGCCACCACUGUCUUCGGUCUAUGCUUGGGGUGGUGGCCUUAGCAUUCCCCUGAGGUUGCCAAUGCUCAACACUGAGGUGAUCCAGGUGGCUGCAGGGCGCACACAGAAGGCUGGUGUUACACGCUCUGGACGCCUCAUCCUGUGGGAGGCCCCACCCCUGGGAGCUGGAGGUGGCACACUCCUUCCUGGGGCACUGGAGCUGCCUCAGCCCCAGUUCGUCUCUCGUUUCCUGGAGGGCCAGUCAGGUGUGACCAUCAAGCAUGUGGCCUGUGGGGACCUGUUUACCGCUUGCUUGACAGACCGAGGCAUCAUCAUGACCUUUGGCAGCGGCAGCAAUGGGUGUUUAGGUCACAGCAACCUGACUGACAUCAGCCAGCCCACCAUUGUAGAAGCCCUGCUGGGCUACGAGAUGGUGCAGGUGGCCUGCGGGGCCUCUCAUGUGCUGGCUCUGUCCACAGAUGGAGAGUUAUUCGCCUGGGGCCGAGGAGACGGUGGUAGGCUGGGACUAGGUACCAGGGAGUCCCAUAACUGCCCUCAGCAGGUGCCUGUGGCCCCAGGACAGGAAGCUCAGAGGGUUGUCUGUGGAAUUGACUCUUCCAUGAUCCUCACCUCGCCAGGCAGGGUCCUGGCCUGUGGAAGUAACAGGUUCAACAAGCUAGGCUUGGACCACCUAUCCCUGGAUGAGGAGGCUGUUCCCCAUCAGCAAGUGGAGGAGGCCCUGAGCUUCACCCCACUCGGCUCUGCACCUCUGGACCAGGAGCCCCUGCUGUGUGUGGACCUUGGCACUGCUCAUUCAGCUGCUGUGACUGCCUCCGGGGACUGCUAUACUUUUGGCAGCAAUCAACAUGGGCAAUUGGGUACCAGUUCCCGCCGGGUCAGCAGGGCACCCUGUCGGGUCCAAGGCCUGGAAGGCAUCAAGAUGGUGAUGGUGGCCUGCGGGGAUGCCUUCACUGUAGCCAUUGGAGCAGAGGGGGAAGUGUAUUCUUGGGGCAAAGGAGCCCGAGGUCGACUGGGAAGGCGGGAUGAGGAUGCUGGACUCCCUAGGCCAGUGCAGCUGGACGAGACUCACCCUUACACGGUGACUUCAGUGUCCUGCUGCCAUGGGAACACGCUUCUGGCUGUUCGAUCAGUCACAGAUGAACCAGCUCCCCCCUGAGGCAACAGGAUUAUCCAAGAGACCACCUCAGUGUUCUGAAAAAUGCAGGUGCCUGAAGAAUGACUGUUUUCAGCAUCCUGGAUUGUGUCAUCGGUGGGGUAGAAAGGCCAGUGAAGUCUACUCCAUUCCCCCAAGUCCCUGUCCCCAAAGUCUUUCUCUUACUAAGUAUCACCAGGCUCCAGUCUGGCAGAAAUCAACAGAAGGAUAGCCUUCAAAGCCUUUGCUUAAAAGCAGCUUCCCCUAACCACCCCAGCCCAGUUAGAAAGUAAGACCCGACAGUGUCCUCUUGGAGACUUGAUGCCAUGCUUUGGAGUAGGACAAGCCAGGGCUUGUUUGGACUGGCCAUUAGGCCAGCCUAAUCUCUGCAUAGCUUGCAGCUGAUAGGUUGGAGGUAGUCCCCUUUUCUGUCUUAUCCUGAAGCAAGGGUUUGCACAACCUCCCCACAAGGGCACCCCUCCCCACAUACACACCUCUCAGGGAGGCAGUGCUGGAGCUAUUUUUUGUUUGCUGAGGAGAUACUGUUGAAGGUUACCCUCACCCCAGGCCAUUCCCCAGCCCUAGACUGGGGAGGAAGGUAGCAGGCCAAACCCGACCAAUUUCUCAAAGAUUUAAAAGUAGUACCAAUAAAAAUAUCAAAUGCC